AUGACACCAUGGCUGCUUAUUAUAACAGCAAUUUACCUCAUAAUACUUCUCAUUUCGUUGGUUGUUAUAUUCGUGGUGCUUCCUAAGGAAUCAGAAUAUUUCAAGCGCUUGCUGCAAACAUUUAGCAGAGAUAUUAGAGGACUUAUGAUUGUUAUCAGAAUGCGAUUACGUUGUUCUCGCGCUCUAAGGAAGAAUCGAGGUAUACAAUCGCUGUUUUUGGACACGGUGCUCAAGAACCCUGAAAAGGAAGCUAUUUAUGAUUUGACUCUCGAGAAGUCAUUCACAUUCAGGGAGUUAGACAAACUCGCAUGCCAGUACGGUCAUAUGCUGCAGAAGAGCUCUUCUAUCCAAGGUGGUGACGUUGUUGCUAUAUGCAUGGAGAAUGGAGUACACUUUGUAGGAGCCUGGCUUGGGUGCGCAAAGAUAGGCGCCAUUUCUGCAUGGAUUAAUACGAACCUCCGUGGAGAAUCUCUUAUGCAUUCAUUGAAGAUCUCGAAAGCAUCCAUCAUAAUUUGCUCAGCGUCUUGUCAACAAAAGAUAAUCGAAGCCAUAGAAAGCGUAGAAGUGACAGAAAGACCGCUAAUUUUCACCGAAGGGACCGCUCUGAAAGAAUACGUCAAAUGCAUUGAAAAUCUCCUGCAAACACAGCCUACGUCACAACCUACUCCAAUGCGAGAGAUGACCUUUCAAGAUCCAUUAUGUUACAUAUUUACAUCUGGUACAACAGGAAUGCCAAAGGCAGCGAUAAUCAAGCACUUCAAGUUUUUUUGCAUGGCUACAAGUGGUGAAGUUGCCUUUGGAAUACGGCCUAAAACAGACCGAAUUUAUAUUUGUCUUCCGCUUUACCACUCAGCAGCAGGAGCACUUGGAGUCGGUCAGACGGUGGUCCAUGGUGCAACAUGUGUUAUUAGAGACAAAUUUUCUGCAAAGAAUUUUUGGAAAGAUUGUGUGGUACACAAAUGCACAGUAUCGCAGUAUAUUGGAGAACUGCUUCGGUACCUACUUAUGACUGAGAAGUCGCCAUAUGAAGAAAAACACAGUGUUCGAUUGUUGAUGGGAAACGGGUUGAGACCGACUAUUUGGAGGCAAUUCCAAGAAAGGUUCAAAGUUGAGCGAAUAGCCGAAUUUUACGGUUCAACCGAAGGAACUACAAAUCUGAUUAACAUUGAUGGAAAGGAGGGCUCUUGCGGAUUUCUUACUAUAAAUGAAAGGGCUACUCCAGUCCACCCUAUCCGACUUUUCAAGGUUGAUGAAGCAACAGGCGAGCUGAUUAGAGACAAUCAUGGAUAUUGCAUACCUAUCCACCCAGGUGAAUCCGGUCUGGUUGCUUGCACAAUUCAUAAGAACAACCCACUUUACCAUUUCGAGGGCUAUGUGGAUGAGGCAGAGACCCACAAAAGAAUCAUCAAAGAGCCGUUACCAGGAUCGGAUCCCAUAUUCUUGUCAGGUGACAUAUUGUACUGGGACCAACUUGGGUAUCUCUACUUCAAGGAUCGAGUGGGAGAUACCUUUCGGUGGAAGGGCGAAAAUGUGUCGACAACUCAGGUGGAAGCAGUGCUACAGAGAAUCGCUGGCAUACAGGACUGUAUCGUUUACGGCGUUCAAAUCCCAGGUUGCGAAGGAAAAACGGGAAUGGUUGCAGUCUCGCCAAGUCCGGGAGCAGACGUCCAAAGCUUGCUGACCGUACUAUAUAGGCAAUUUACCACUGCACUUCCUUCCUACGCUGUGCCUCGCUUUGUGAGAAUUACAGACGACAUAGACAAAACAGGAACUCUCAAACUAAAGAAAACAGCUCUACAAUCUCUUGGUUAUAAUCCAAGCUCAACAUCAACUGUCUACUUUUUGGACCAUUGCAACGAAACAUUUACGGAAUUCACAAAGACGGUUAUGUCCGAUUUGAUGGAAAACCGAUUAGCCGUAUAGUGUCAUGUCAGGAGAUCGAUAGUAACA